GGAGAGCUGCCCCGCUCUAAUCCUACUCAUUCCAGUGGGUUUAGAGCGGCGUGACUCGCGCUGGGGAGAAGCUCAGUUUUCAGGGGGCGGCUGCUGCUGCUGCAGCAAAAAAAUGGGCUCAGUUUGUGCAAGGCUUUGGGGAGGGGGCUGCUGACCGUCUCGGUGUGAUGCAUGUUCUGUUUCCUUUUGGGUUUAUUGACUCUGUGCAGUCCACCCUGCAAACUGGAUAUUGACCUGUAAACGUUGCCGCCUUUCUGCUUGCAAAGGGGGGUACAAAACGUACAGCGCUGAAUCUGUUUUUUUCCCCUCCCAAUGUUGUCUUUGCUAUGCCACUGUUGGGGAAGCGUUGCGCGUUAUCAGCCAAAAAUGCACAAGGGGGAAGUGGUGUCCUUUUGUGGGUCGGGUUAGGCGCCUCUGCGGAGUUGCUCCAAUCUACGUAACCCCACUGAAAUUAUUGCACUGUGUAUUUUGAAGAGUUGGUAACAUUGAAACUGUUGCAAUUAUUGUGUGAUUUUAAGGGUGGUGCAGGAUUUUUAAUUUUUUUUUUAGGAUUGCACUGCAAGUUUCUUUUUUAAGGGACACUUUACAGACCAAGGCCCAUUCCGCCCAGCAAAUGUAUGGCGGGUUGCAGUCGGCAUAAAGUAACUUGCUUUCCUGUUUUCGCAUUCGCUUGCGUCCGGCCAGGCAGCAAUUGGAGCCCACGAAAACAAUGCGGUUUAGGCGCAUCUGUUUUUAAAAUUUUACCUCCCAUUGAUGUGUAGCUUCGCAGACAUGCACAAAUAAACCCCCACAGCCAUGCUGACAUCUCACAGUACCUUAGUACAACCAUUUGCACCUGUGUGGCUACACAGAUGUAAGCUGUGAAUUUUGAAAAAGCGCAGCCAAAUAAAGCACUUCCUGCCCAGUCGUUUGCUCACAAGCGUCGGCAACCCGGGAUUUUCUAAAAGAUUUAUGAAUAGCUUGAUUCUAAAAAAAACUGGUUUGGGGGAAAUAACAUGGGGAAGACUUGCUUUAGGGGCAGGAACGGUGCGAAGUGCCCCCCCAAAAACAGAUUUUUUCUUGUUCUAAGCCCGUGUUUAAUGGCCUGUGCAAAGUGGGCCGAAGACUUAUUCAGUCUGAGCUUUUUAAAAUCACCCACUGCAGACUUUGUCAGAUAUGGAAAUUAAAGUGGGAAUCUUGUCUAAGAUUGCAGGGGGAGUAGAUGAGAGAGAAGCGUGUGUGGAUUCUGAGUCUUUCUUGGGUGAAUGAUUGGGAACAGUGUAAUAUAUGACUGCAAAUCCUGAAAAGGAUUUCCUUAGUAGUGAGUCUUAUGGAAUUAAACUGGUCUUACUUCUGAGCAGAUGGGCUUAAAAUAGUUAUUUGUAGGUAGGUUGUUCCCCCUACCCCCAGAUUGGGCUGCCCCAGGCAUACGAGUUCUCGUGAUAUUAUCACAUCACACAGAUCAGCUUUUUAAGCUUCCUGGGCCACAAAACGUGUCACAGCUGUCUUUUGAUUCAUUGGUUAUAUAUAGCAAUGGGUGUUUGCAUGGGGCAGCGUAUGCACACAGACCAAAUUCCUAAAUUCAGGCUUUCCUUUAAUCUUAUUGAGUGGUUCAUUUUCCCUGACCUUAAUGUCUGCUGUGGGUGAGGCCAAAUUAAAUAGUCCUACUGGAAGCGGGUCAUCUUCCUAAGGUCAUUUGACCAGCGAAUAUUAAACAUACACCCAUAUGCAGCUUUACAAAUUGAGAAAUGUCAUCACGCUUUUAGUAUUUUUUUUUGUACCUCUUGGUUUACAAACUGUGGUGGCUACUGAAUCUGUUAUUCACUGCAUUAGUGUGAGUGAUAUAAAACCACUCGAGCAACUACUCCUAGGCUGCGUGGCUGAGCAACAUUUCCGUUGACCGCUUUACCUGGUGUUUUGCUCCUCUGAAUUGAACGAAAAGUUAGACUUUGUCUAGCUUAUCUUGACAAACUGAAUGAAAGAUUGCCCAAGCCUAAGAUGUUGGACUCCCUUCAGGACUAGGUAUUUGCAGUGGGAGGUAAAUGCAUUGUACCUGACUGUAAUGCUUGUCAAAAUCUCUGCAUUUUGCACAGGUGGGAAGAAUGAAAGGAAGGAAAUGUGUGAGGAUGCUGAACGUCAUAGGGCUGUAUAAUGGAAAGAAACACAACAGAGGACCUCUGUACUCGAUCGCUUGGGUGGCUUCAGCAGCAAGAGAAGGAUGCUAAACCAUGGCUCUGGAAAUUCUCUAAUUGCUUUUCAGCUGCGGAACAAAAUUUAUCUGUUGGCGCAAAGAUGAACGACCCCACGGUGAGCAAGAAGGGUCCCGCGGAGUUGAAGGAAUCCCCGUCUCCUCACCACGCUGGCUCCAAACCGUUAGCAGCCGUCCCCCUUCCCGACGUCCGCUCCCUCCAGCAAAAGCAAACGCUCCUUUUGCCCGCUCCCAAAGUAAGCUGUUGUGUGCGUAUCUCCGAAGCUGCUCCUCAGCUCCGUGGCGGUGGCGGUGCUUUGAUUCACUCUGGUGUGGCGCUGGACCCGCAAGGCGCCGGGACGGUCACUUGUCAAGUCGGGCCGGGGCUUGUUUAUCCGCCCGUGUCCUCGCUGAAGAGCGUUCCGGUUAGGAGCGGCGUGGCAGGCUUUGCAAGCGAUGUGUCCGGAGCAGGCCUAGAAAACAGCCUCUCUUCCUGUCCGCACUUCCCGUGCUGCGGGAAGCUCCACUUCCAGCCCUGUCACAGUAACGUGCAUAAAAUGCAUCCGCGUCCCGCUCAUCCCAGCUGCACCUCCUCGGGUUACUUUUCUUGUUCUGAAUUCACAAGUGGGGCUACGGGGCUUCUGGAAGAACACGUUGCACCACCAGAACACGCUUCUUGCGUUUGCACCAGCACACUGCACCAAGUGGCACCUUCUGUGUACAUAAAGGGCUCUCACUACUGCAAUGAGUGUUUAAGCAAGCCAUCCAGAGAGGGUGUGGCUGAUACAGCCAAAAUGUGGCCCAAUAUCCCGCCUCCGAGCACGCCGACGGCCUCCGUGUCUGUCCCACUCUGCAACGGCUGUGGCACCAAAGGGAAAGAGAAGAGCUUCCUGCUGGCAAGCAGCUUUGGACCGAUGCCACAGAAAUAUGGAUCUCCGGAAGUUGCCCUGACGAGCCAAGUUCUAGAGAACCUGCCUCCCAUUGGAGUUUUCUGGGACAUUGAAAACUGCUCUGUUCCGUCCGGCCGUUCAGCUGUGGCGGUUGUGCAGCGGAUUCGCGAGAAAUUUUUUAAAGGUCACCGGGAGGCAGAAUUCAUUUGUGUGUGUGACAUUAGUAAAGAGAACAAAGAGGUCAUUGAGGAGCUGAAUAACUGCCAGGUGACCGUUGCACACAUUAAUGCCACAGCAAAGAACGCAGCGGAUGACAAACUCAGGCAGAGUCUUAGAAGAUUUGCUGAUACCCACGCUGCUCCAGCCACUGUGGUCCUCGUGUCCACCGAUGUGAACUUUGCACUGGAACUCAGCGACCUGAGGCACCGCCACGGUUUCCACAUCGUUUUGGUGCAUAAAAACCAGGCCUCUGAAGCGCUCCUGCAUCACGCCCACGAGCUGGUCAGAUUCGAGGAAUUUAUUUCAGAUUUGCCUCCACGAUUACCAUUCAAAAAACCAGCAUGCCAUACACUCUUAUAUGUUUACAACCUGCCUACAAACCGGGACACCAAAAGCGUCUGUUACAGGCUCCGGCGUCUGUCAGACAACUGCGGAGGCAAAGUGCUGACCAUUUCCGGCAGCAGCGCCAUCCUCCGCUUCUUGAACCAAGACAGCGCCGAGCGUGCUCAGAAGCGGAUGGAAAACGAAGACGUCUUCGGCAACAGGAUUGUCGUGUCUUUCACCCCCCAAAACAAAGAGCUGGCCGAAGCCAAGAGCACCGGCUCAGUGGGAGCCGAAAAAGUGAAGUCUCCCAAGAAAGUGAACAAGAAUUCAAAGCUGUGCCUCGCAAGUAGAGAGCCCAAUGACCCGUCUUCCGCCUCUAAGAUCCUUUCAGGGAAAGGCCUUCAGACACACGGGUCAGCCGUGAAGAACUCAACCAUCAAGAGCCUACAGGAGCUGUGUCGUAUCAAGUCAGUAGCCAGUAGUCCCAAGACCGUGAGAAGUACUGAAAGCCACCACGAUCAGUCAAGAGAGGGCGCUGUUUCACUCUGUACCUCGAGCAUGGCAAAUUCGGGACCUUCGGCACCUACAAAGGCUGGAACAGGAGAGCUGGUUUAUAAGAACAGUCAAAAAAAGGACUCGUUUGCAGCCAGAAGCAUCAGCAACUCUCCUGUAGAGAGGAAGGAUGAUGUAUUCCAAGUCAGUUAUCCAUCAGCGUUCAAUAUGCUGUCCGGAUCAAGACAGCUUAGCCCCCUAUUGAUCUCUCAGAGUUGCUGGUCGUCACAGAGCGCGUCUCCAAACCUCUCAAACCGGUCUUCGCCUCUUACUUUCAAUAUCGUGAGCCGCUCUGGUAGCACAGAUAGCCCCGAUCCUUUUGCAAAUGGAACGGACAUUAAGGUCGGCAAUUUGGACUACAGGCUUUCCAGGAAAGAGUUGCAACAAAUUUUGCAAGAAACCUUUUCUAGGCAUGGCAAGGUCAAAACCAUCGAGCUCAGCCCCCACACCGAUUACCAGCUGAAGGCUACGGUGCAAAUGGAGAAUCUCCAAGAAGCCAUCCGAGCCGUCAACAUUCUCCACAGAUGCAAAAUCGGCGGCAAAAGGAUACAAGUCUCGCUAACUACGGGAACAGCCAAUAAAUCCCUAGCCUUAGUUCGUUCAGAAGUUGUAUCCAUCCUUCAAGAUGCUCCGGCUUGCUGUCUGCCUGUCUUCAAAUUAAUAGCGAUCUAUGAAAAAAAGUUUGGUCACAAGUUGAACGAGUCAGAUUUGCACAAAUUAACGGACGUGGUAGGAAUCCGUGAUCAAGGCAACGGGCGGCUAGUGUGUCUUCUACCCAGUAGUCAAGCCAGACAGAGUCCGUUGGGAUCUUCGCAGUCACACGACGGCUCCUCUGCUAAUUGUAGUCCGAUCAUAUUCGAAGAGCUGGAAUAUCACGAACCUGUUUGUAAACUGCAUUGCAUGAAUAAAAAUUUCAGUGAACAUGAUUUUGAUCCAGACUCCUACAAAGUUCCUUUUGUGAUUCUGUCCCUGAAGACCUUCGCGCCUCACGUUCACAGCUUAUUGCAGAGCCAUGAGGGAACAGUGCCUUUGCUGAGCUUUCCUGACUGCUAUGCCUCCGAGUUCAGCAGUCUAGAAAUGGUGCCGGAAGGCCAGGGAGGGGUCCCUUUGGAGCACCUCAUAACCUGUAUCCCUGGUGUCAACAUUGCCACUGCCCAGAAUGGCAUUAAAGUUGUGAAGUGGAUACACAACAAGUCGCCACCGCCCACGACAGAUCCUUGGCUGCUGCGUUCCAAGAGUCCCGUGGGCAAUGCGCAGCUCAUCCAGUUCAGCCGGGAAGUGAUCGACCUGCUAAAAAACCAGCCGUCCUGUGUCGUGCCCAUUAGCAAAUUCAUCCCUAUGUACCACCAUCACUUUGCAAAGCAGUGCCGUGUUUCCGAUUACGGGUAUUCCAAGUUGGUGGAGUUACUGGAAGCCGUUCCUCACGUGCUGCAGAUUCUUGGGAUGGGCGCCAAGCGCUUGUUAACUCUAACACACAGGGCCCAAGUGAAGCGAUUUAACCAAGACUUGCUAAAACUUCUCAAAUCCCAAGCCAGUAAACAAGUUGUUGUGAGAGAGUUUCUACAGGCUUAUCAUUGGUGUUUCUCGAAAGACUGGGAUGUGACUGAAUACGGAGUAUGUGAGUUGGCUGAUCUAAUAUCAGAAAUCCCGGACAAAACCAUCUGUCUGUAUCAACAGGACAACGAAAUGGUAAUCUGUAUCCCCAAAAGAGAACGUACCAAGGAGGAAGUCGAGAGGACGAAGCAGUUCUCGAAGGAGGUAGUCGAGCUGCUGCGCCAUCAGCCCUACUUCCGCAUGUCGUUCGAUAAAUUCAUACCGUCUUACCACCAUCAUUUCGGCCGUCAAUGCAAACUUGCUUAUUAUGGGUUUACCAAGCUACUUGAACUUUUUGAAGCCAUACCAGAUGUCUUGCAGGUAUUAGAAUGUGGAGAAGAGAAAAUCCUCACGCUAACAGAGGUCGAGCAGGUCAAAGCCUUGGCAGCCCACUUUGUUAAACUGCUCCGCUCUCAGAAAGACAAAUGCCUUAUGAUGACCGACGUCCUCCCAGAGUACGCAAAAACGUUCGGUUACUCGUUGCGCCUUCAGGAUUUCAACGUCAGCUCCGUUCCAGCUCUAAUGCAAAAACUUUGCCAUGUUGUCAAGGUAGUCAAUGUGGAAUUUGGUAAACAGAUCCAGCUUAUAAAUAAAAAGUCUCUCCGGGCCUUGACCUCUCAACUGCUGCUGCUGCUGAUGACGCUGGAUGAAAGCUCCUGCAUUUCUGCAGAUCAACUCAAAAGGCAUUACGAAACCACGCAAAGCACCACGCUCAAUCCGUGCGAAUACGGCUUCAUGACCUUCACUGAUCUGCUGAUGAGCAUGCCGUACUUUGUCGAGGUCGUCACCCACAACGAGGGAGAGUACGUCAUGCUUACAGACCUGUACGUCUUCGCCAAGAAAGUGAGGUCUCUGCUGCACACGUACCAUUACCAACAGAUCUUCUUUCACGAAUUCGCAACCGCGUACACAAAAUACACCGGAGAGGUGCUGCACCCGAAAGUAUACGGCUACAACAAUCUUGAAGAAUUGUUGGGGGCAAUUCCACCGGUAGUCUGGAUAAAAGGUCACGGACACAAGAGGAUUGUCGUCCUUAAGAAUGAUAUGAGAACUCGUUUCAGCUCGCCUGGUCCUCCUCUCGUUGAUGAGAAUCCUGGAAACCAAUUUGCGGACUGCGACGGGCAAGCGGCCGAUGUGCCGAGUUUGAGUAAUUCUUUGGAAUUAAAAAUAGAAGCACCAAAUGCUGUUUCAAGUCGGACUGAGCAAGAGCUGCUUUGUCUCACAAGCACGUCUCCUGUCGAUCUGCUGUGUGAGCCAGUCCCCUCCUGCCUCCCCUCCCCGCAGCUGAGGCCGGAUCCUGUUGUGCUUGAAUCAGUAGACCUCAUUCAGUUUGAAGAACAUCCGUCAAGCCUAUCUGAGGUGACGGUUUCAGCAGAAGGCACAAAGAAGGCAAUUAGUCCUCCAGAGGCUGAGGGAGAAGUAAGCCACAUCCCCCCAGCACUGGAUGCUGCCGAAAACCCAUCCACACCCCUCUGCCCACUGGCUGAGCCCCAGUCAAGCAAAGAAGCUACGGACAGCCCAGCCAAGAAGCAGCAUAAAAACAGAGUAAAGUUGGCCGCAAAUUUCUCACUUGCACCCAUCACCAAGCUUUAGAUCUGUUGUGUUCUGAAAGGGAAAAACACAGUUGUUCUGCACAGGGAAAUACUCUUGAUUGGUGCCUUUCAUAUUUUAAAUCAUUGAUCUGGACGAUCACUUGUAUUCAAUUGGGUGACCUUUGAUGAAGGUUCGGUUGAUUUACACUGAAUUCAGCUGGGUGGAUUAUUUUGAAAAAAAUUGAACACCGGCUUAAUGUUUUACCAUUCUUCUUUCAUUCUGCCAGCAAAACAAAACCCCCAAAUGCUAAAUCUUUUGACUUUGGGCAGAAUUACCUUUAGGCUUGCGAUAUUUCGCCCGUAGUAUAAUCCUACCUCUACCACCCUCUAAAACUGUAGGCUUAUUUCUGACUCGCGUUUCUUUCCAGAUGGUGUUAAUCGAGCACACAAUUGGUGUUGCGGAAAGACUGGUCAGUUGUUUGUUUUUUUAAGAUCACUGUUAAAGUUGGAAUAAAACCUGCAGCGGGGCCUUCCAGGUUGGAUCAGGGGGGCUUGGAAUGUUUCCGACCGAUUGCAAUAGACUCUUGUCGGAAGAGGACCGUAGAAGAUUAAGUUGGGUCUAUUGCAAAGCAAGAACUCCAUUUUUUUUAACGCCUUGAGUAACAAUCUGCGGUUCUAUCAAGGAACCUUGUAGGAAAUCGAGGAUAUUUUAAGCUUCCCUUUUAUGAGUUCUUUGGGUUGAUACUGAUCUGGGCUGAGAGCGAGGAGGCUAGGGCUUGUGCGUUCUGAAGAUUCUGCCUGUUGCGUUUGUCGAUGAGAUUACCGGGGAGUAUUUUGAUAAUAUUUCAAAACUAUGCAUUAAAUGCAUAAAUUACAAACCGCAACGAGGUACGGAAGGAGCUUUUUCUUGUUUUUUAAGAUUGAAGAGUAGCGCUGCUGCUUCCACAUGCACAGAGACGCGAGCCGUACGUGGAAACGUCAAGGUUAUAAUGCCUAACCUUGGGUUCCCCCCCCCCCAUAUUUUUAAACAUAUAGUAAAUGGGAAGCUUAACUUGAGUUUUAUCUCUGUGUCUAGUUUUUAUUCUAAUGCUUGCUUCUAGUGUGGCGACUUGUUUCUCUCGUUGUAGAAUUUUUUGUUGGCUUUUGGAAAGGCCGGCCUGCGCAAGAAGUAUCAAGGAGUAUCAGUGGAGUCCUUUUUUACCUCCUCCUUUAGAGAGAGCUGAAACGUCUUCCGACCAAAGCUUUUAUACCCACGUUGGGUAAACUUGGCAUUUACAAUGGGUUGUAUCUGCCAGGCAAGGAUUCCCAUUGCUUGUGAACCGGAAAAAAAACCUCUACCAAAGGUUUCCACUGGCUGGACGGAUUUUUUUUUUCGAAAGAGGGGUGGGGGUAAUAAUGUAUAAGGAAGAUAGAAAGCGGUGUUGGAUUUCGCAGCCAGCAAGUGAAAAGGAAUUGCCACUCAAAUGGCUAUAAGCAGCUUGUUAUAUAUAUUUUUUAAAAACAAAAACGGGGUUUCGUUAAAAAAAGAAGAAACACGCCUUUUAAACGAAGCCGGGCGUGAACAGUACCGAGUGUUUAUAGCCAUUGUGAAUGUAAGAAAAACACCGGAAGGUUUUUUUUCUAAAGAUCACGGCAAGGCACAGUGUGUUUUGGGUUCUUACACUUCCUCGAUUGGGAUGGAGUUUAUAGGGUUUUUUUUUUCUUUUAGCCUUUCUUUUAACCAUUUCGUUGUAACGUCGUUCCACCAUCUUUUAUAGGCCACAUGAAACAAAUGAUCACCUGGGGGGCGGGCGUGUCAUUUGUAUAGAAACCGUCGUCAUUUUGACCAGGAAUUGCAAGACACUUAAAAUGCUUUAUCUGACCAGCGUUUUGGUGAAUGAACUAAUUGUGCUGAUGGUUACUCAAAUACAGAUUUACACCAUCUGUAGAGGACGAGAACUUUUUGGAUUGUUGCGUAAUCCUCAUCUGAAUCUCUGUUUUGCAAAAUUGUAGGAAUAUCCCUUUGGGGGAUUUUGUUUUUCAAAGGCCAGCGAAUUCAGUGUAAGCCUCGAUGAAAUAGUGGACUCAACUGAUUUGGGGCAAAAAAAAAAAAAAUUAAGACUAUGAAAUUAUUUAAUUUACAAUGUACUGAUUUUGAUUCUUGACACGUUUAAAAAAGACGAACAAUCACCGAAACCCUCAGUUUAUGCACACACAUGCGCGCGCACUUUGGGUGGAAUAAGGAGAUAAUAUCCACCUUCCUCCUGAAUUGUCUGCUUUUGUUUGGACAACCUUCUCGUGUUUCUAGUGCUCUUUUGUGUGUUGGGACCAACCAAUUGUCAAUAAAACUUUCAAGCAAA